AGAAAUUAAACAGCAAUGGUCCUGGAUACAGUUCAAGGGACCUUUGUCUCCAGCUGCAACAAAUCUGCAUAAAAAGACUAUAUACCCGUCUUGGGUUCUUCUGGGCGAAUUUCUACCUUCUAAUAGUGUCGGCAUUGGUUGA